AUGGCGACGGUCACCAAGACUCCCGCCAAGUCCCAGGUGCAGCUGGCUGGCGGCGGUCUCAAGACGUACUACCGCAACAAGAUCGAGGCGGCCGAGCAUGAGAUCACCAAGAAGACUCAGAACCUCAGGCGACUCGAGGCCCAGCGCAAUGCUCUCAACACAAGAGUGCGUCUCCUGCGCGAGGAGCUCCAGGUCCUCCAGGAGCCCGGAAGCUACGUCGGCGAGGUGGUCAAGGUGAUGGGCAAGAAGAAGGUCCUUGUCAAGGUGCAGCCCGAGGGCAAGUACGUUGUCGACUUCUCGCCUGAUAUCCCCAUCUCCUCCCUCACUCCCAACCUCCGCGUCGCUCUCCGCGCCGACUCGUACCUCCUCCACUCGAUCCUGCCAAACAAGGUCGACCCGCUCGUCUCGCUCAUGAUGGUGGAGAAGGUUCCCGACUCUACGUACGAGAUGGUCGGUGGUCUCGACAAGCAGAUCAAGGAAAUCAAGGAGGUUAUCGAGCUUCCCGUCAAGCACCCCGAACUCUUCGAGUCGCUCGGUAUCGCUCAGCCCAAGGGUGUCCUCCUGUACGGACCCCCCGGUACGGGUAAGACCCUCCUCGCCCGUGCUGUCGCCCACCACACCGACUGCCGCUUCAUUCGCGUGUCGGGUUCCGAGCUUGUGCAAAAGUACAUUGGUGAGGGUUCGCGCAUGGUCCGUGAGCUGUUCAUCAUGGCUCGUGAACACGCCCCCUCUAUCAUCUUCAUGGACGAGAUCGACUCUAUCGGUUCGUCGCGUGGUGGCGAGGGCGGCGGCGGUGGCGACUCGGAGGUGCAGCGCACGAUGAUGGAGCUCCUCAACCAGCUUGACGGAUUCGAGCCCACCAAGAACAUCAAGGUCAUCAUGGCCACCAACCGUAUCGACAUUCUCGACUCGGCUCUCUUGCGACCAGGACGUAUUGACCGCAAGAUCGAGUUCCCCCCUCCCAACCCCGACGCGCGCGUCACCAUUCUCAAGAUCCACUCGCGCAAGAUGUCGCUGCAGCGUGGUAUCAACUUCCGUUCCCUCGCCGACAAGAUGGGCAACUGUUCCGGUGCCGAGGUUCGCGGAAUCUGCACAGAGGCCGGAAUGUACGCUCUUCGCGAGCGUAGGCAGUAUGUGGGCCAGGAGGACUUUGAGAUGGCGGUGUCGAAGGUUCUCAAGCGCGGCGCCGAGACCAACACCAGCAUGUAG